UCACACAGUUACAUAUCGUUCCUUCUGCGUGCGGCUCAUGCUUUGGCUUCGGUAAUUUCUUCUACAGGCAUUUUUUUUGGUGGCAAUUCACACACUUCACUAUUGGAAGGACAGCUCGGUUAUUUGAUGAAGAAAAGAUUGUGGAGGAAAAGUUAUCACGGUUUGAAUUAAAACUGCUAGUUUGUGAGCAAAUCUGGAAAGCAAUAGAUAAAUUGCUUAGUGCAUAGCAGAUUGUGAACUUUCCACUUAGAGUUGCGAAAAAAUCUCGUUCGAGUUUUUGCAAUAUUCAUUCUGUCUGUGAUGUGUAUGUAAGAAAGCUUGCGCUAUUAGGCCGCAAUUAUCUGAGAGAAGAAAUCGAAAAGAAGAUGUGAUUUGAUUUCAGGCAUAAGUCACUUUAACCAAGUUCGUCUAGAAAGGUUUGGUCGGUAAACUCAAGUGAGUUUCGUUCCGUGUUCCGAAGGACCAACCAACCUGUGCAAUUGUUCGAACGCUAAGAUUGAACAUUCGAAGGACAGGCAGCAGCCCCCUCUGGGAGAAACAGGGGCCGUGCAGAAGUGAACAUACGGGAGCUGCGCUGGUGGACGAUGCCAAUGUUGUCUCAAUUUCAAAUGAACUUUCGUGCGUUUCUGGUGCUGGCAUCGAAGAUAUGGACCUGCCUCUGCUAUAUGUUCAACCGACAGGUUAGAGCGUUUGUACAGCAUCAACCGGUAAAAUAUGAACUGUUUCCUCUCUCGCCGGUGUCCCGGCACCGGCUAAGUAUGGUCCAGCGCAAAACACUGGUACUGGAUUUAGACGAGACGCUCAUCCACUCACACCACGAUGCGAUGCCGCGGAACACCGUCAAACCUGGAACGCCGCAUGACUUCACCGUCAAGGUUACGAUCGAUCGCCAUCCGGUGCGGUUCUUCGUGCACAAACGACCCCACGUGGACUACUUUUUGGAUAUUGUAUCUCAAUGGUACGAUUUAGUUGUUUUCACCGCUAGUAUGGAAAUCUAUGGCGCUGCGGUCGCCGAUAAGCUAGACAAUGGACGAAACAUCCUGAAGCGCCGUUAUUACCGGCAGCACUGUACGCCGGAUUUUGGUUCGUACACCAAGGACUUAUCGGCGAUCUGUGGUGACUUAAACAGAAUAUUUAUCAUAGAUAAUUCUCCUGGUGCGUAUCGAUGUUUUCCAAACAAUGCCAUACCGAUCAAAUCCUGGUUUUCGGACCCAAUGGAUAUCUGUUUGCUGUCAUUGUUACCUCUGUUAGACGCCUUAAGGUUCACAAACGACGUACGAUCAGUGCUAUCGCGAAAUCUACACUUACACCGUUUAUGGUAGCAGAAUUUAAGUAAUAUUUUAUGGUGCGCUGUGAGACUUCUUAAAUCUUACAAAUAUUCAUUUAUUUUAUUCUAAUUUUUCAUACCACAGUAAAAAUGCAGAUUAGAUAAAAACUCUGAAAAAAUGCAAAAUUUGAAACCAAAAACGGUGAAAAAAGCAACAGUAAAAAAAUAAUAUCUAAUUUCUUUGGAUAAAUAGUUCAUUUCGUACAAGUAAUCGUUAUCUAUGCAAAGUAUUGUCGCCUCACUAAUAUUUUCGUGUUCAUUUUGUAUUUUAUUUCAUCGGAGUAAUGGCUGUUAUAUUUUCGCAGCAGUCUGUUCAGACGAUGUGUAUUUUAAAUUUUCGUUCGGAAAAUCAGGUACGGCUCGAUAUCCAUUUCUUCCGUUCUGCUAUUAGUAGCUCUCCUAAGCAUGCCGCUCACGAACGAUUGAACGUUAGGUUUACAGUAGCAGGCCUAUAUGCUGAGUAUAAGAAAAAUGUCACUGACAUUAUUCGAUAGGUUUACCUGAAUGAUUGUUUAGUAAGCUAAGAACGAAGUUGAAGACAAAUUUAUUUAUACGGAUGAUUGUACCAUUUAAUGAGUGUAAAAAAAAGCAAAACGUGAAUACUUAAGAACUAUAUGUCUUGAUAAGAUGAAAAUGUAGAGUGACACAAAUUAGAAAAUAAAGCGAAAUCAUGAGGUUACCUCCCGUCAGUUUAACACCAGGUGUAAGCUUGGAGGUCUUAGUUUUUAGGGUACUCUUUAAGAAAACACUCAUUAAGCGGAAUUCACUCAAAUCAACUAACUUUCAUAAAUGUAAACAGGCCCUCUUGAAGUGAGAGGCCUUACUAACAAUUAUUAUAUGCAGCGUCAUUUUGGGGUGAGUGCAUUGAAAUGGUCGCUAUGAAACCAAAAACAAACGAAAAAAUAGAGAAACCUACACUGAACACUAUUGGUUGUGGAUUGAAAAGAACAGAGUUCAAUCUUCCGCAUUUUAAAAUUUGCAAUCAAUGUUAACCAUCCGUUGCCCACUGCUGACAGAGCACCCAAGUGGUAAAGUAUUUUUCAAUCUGUAUUAUUAUUCAAUUGCAACCAAAUAUUUCAAAGCCCGCACACCGUAAAUCUGCUAUAGGAAUUUAACAGAACUGUGUGCUUUGAAAAAGAAAUGUACUACAAUUAAAAUCUUCACUCAGAAUGUAUAGCGUUUGCAAACAAAAGUAACAUACUUGUUUCAUGUCUACCGGAAUUGAAGAACAGCUUAUUUGUUAGUUGAUUGACUCUUGGUUGUCUUGCAAUCAGGAGCUGUGUUCAGUAAAUGGUUUGCAUUACUGUUAAUUUAGUAACGUAUCCUUCAAAUCUUCCUUUGAGCUUAGAGUGCAUUUGUUAUGUUGUACAUUUUCACUUUGUUCGAUCACAUCGAAGGUUCAAGUCCUGUUUUGCCGGCGGCAUUCCCCGUAUUCGAGGACGCUCCUUUUAUAGUAAUGUAAGUUAGAAAGAAAUCGACUUAACAAAGAAUCAAUAUGAGCUAUUUUGAAAAAAAAAUGUAACAUGAUAAAUGCGAUGAUACUACAAUUACAAAGCAACAGUAAAUUCAACGGUACUUGCUCAAGAGUAUUGACCGUUUUGGGUGAACAUUGGAUAGAUCAGCACACAUGUAAUAAUCGCUGUUCACGAACAGUGCAUAAACACAAAUCUUACAUUGAAACAAGCAAACAACCAGAAAGUAAACAAAUAUUCAGCUAAUCCUACAUUGUAAUAGGUAGUAUUUUGUAAAUAUAGUUUGAUAAAAUGAUCAUGAGAAAAGAAAGUCCAAAUAUGAAGCAGUGAAUGAACA